UAUCACAAUUAAAAGAUUUAGUUUAUAACGUUUUCUACCAUUUUUUUUCUAAGAGAUUGAUUUGAACCAUUAUAAAACUGAAUAGUUGUAAACAAAUAGUUUAUGAUUAUUUAAAAAUAAACAAAACAAACAAUCAUUAAGUGUAAACAUAUGGUAACACAAUAUAAUGAAGUUAUGAUACACAUUCAUUUAUACUCACAGUCCUAUAGUCAAACUCAUAUAUUACACUAACGCACAUAGUUCAACUCAAUCAUAAGUAAACAUAACAAUAAAGAAAGACACAGAGAGAGAGAAAUCAUUUAAAGAAAGAUAAGUGAUAUGGUAAACACACAUAUAACUUUUUUUUCUCUAACUACAAAUAAGAAUAGUAUUUGUGUUCAUUUACUUGUCAGCCUAAUAUAUAAUAGCUAUGCUAUAAUAAAAACCAAUUUUCGGAAUAGCUCUUUUUUUCUUUUUUUUUCUUCUUCUCAUCUAAUCAGGUGAAUUGAAGCUAAUUUACUAAACAUGAAUCUACGAAUGAAAAUAGUGAUAUGAUUAAGUACUUAAAAUUAUGAAUGGUAUAAAAGUACUAAAUGUUCAGGUAUAAUACUUCAUUGUGUUUAUAUUCAUAAAUUAAGUUAAAUGGGAGAACGUAAAGCUGUCAUUAAAAAUGCUGAUAUGCAUGAAGAUAUGCAAGAGACUGCUGUACAUACAGCUGCUGCUGCACUUGACAAAUAUGAAAUUGAAAAAGAUGUUGCUGCUUAUAUAAAAAAAGAAUUUGAUAGAAAAUAUAAUCCAAAUUGGCAUUGUAUUGUUGGAAAACAUUUUGGCAGUUAUGUAACACAUGAAACACAACAUUUCAUCUAUUUCUAUUUACAAGAACGAGCUUUCCUCCUUUUCAAAUCCGGUUAGAAGGUAUCAGUGAUAAAUCGAAACAAAGAAAACAACAUUUAGUUUAUUUCAAUUGUACACUAGUUAGCAUACAAUUAUGUUUAAUUGAUAGUCCAAAAUGGUAUAAUUUAAUGUCUUUUCUUUUAACAACAACGACAACAACAACAACAACAAAAAGAAAGUACAAUGGCAUUUUUGUACUGUUAUGUCAAAACAUUUUUUUAAUUUGUUUAAAAAACAAUGAAUAAAUAAAUUUGUUACUAUAAUUUUUGAUCAAA